UUUCAACAUUUCUCGUCGACCAAACAAAAUUCACAGAAGCUCCGCUAUGGAGAAUGCGAUCCACGUUUAGCUGGUUUCCUUCUCCUUCUGAGUCGCCAUUGUUCCCGUUUGUUUCCUAAGGCUAUAGCCUGAUCGUCUUCCCCGUUUUGUGUUUCCAGUGCCGCUGCUUUCCCGAACUGAAAAGUUGGAAAUGGCGCCGAUAUUGAUGAAGUUCGGGUUAUUGUUAUUUGUUUUUUCUUUAAUUGUAUAUCCGUCGGAUUCUGCUGUUUCGAGUAUAGAUCUGGGGUCUGAAUCGGUUAAAGUUGCUGUCGUGAAUUUGAAACCUGGACAGAGUCCAAUUUCGAUCGCGAUCAAUGAAAUGUCGAAGCGUAAAUCGCCGGCUUUAGUGUCUUUUCAAUCGGGAACUCGUCUACUCGGCGAAGAAGCGGCCGGUCUGGUUGCGCGGUAUCCUAAUAAGGUGUUUUCCCAAAUCAGGGAUAUGGUUGGGAAGCCCUAUACCUAUACUAAAAGUUUGACAGACUCAUUAUAUUUGCCAUUUGAUAUUGUGGAAGAUCCGAGGGGUGCUGUUGGUUUUAAAACUGACGACAAUGUGACUGUUUACUCGGUUGAGGAAUUGUUGGCAAUGAUUUUGGCUUAUGCUUCGAAUUUAGCGGAGUUUCAUUCAAAAGUGAAGGUGAAGGAUGCAGUAAUUUCUGUGCCACCGUACUUUGGGCAAGCAGAGAGAAGAGCGCUACUUCAAGCUGCGCAACUGGCUGGCAUCAAUGUGCUUUCAUUAAUCAAUGAACAUUCAGGUGCAGCGCUCCAAUAUGGGAUUGAUAAGAAUUUUUCCAAUGAGUCGAGGCAUGUUAUUUUUUACGAUAUGGGUUCAAGCAAUACUUACGCAGCGCUUGUUUAUUUUUCAUCCUACAAUGCGAAAGAGUAUGGGAAGACUGUGUCAGUUAACCAAUUUCAGGUGAAGGAUGUUAGAUGGGACCCAGAACUUGGGGGCCAGAAUAUGGAACUACGGCUGGUUGAAUAUUUUGCCGACGAGUUCAAUAAACAAGUUGGAAAUGGUGUGGAUGUAAGGAAACAUCCGAAGGCUAUGGCAAAAUUGAAGAAACAAGUCAAACGAACUAAAGAAAUUUUGAGUGCAAAUACAGCCGCUCCAAUAUCAGUUGAGUCUCUCUAUGAUGAUCGAGAUUUUAGGAGUACCAUAACACGGGAGAAGUUCGAAGAGUUGUGUGAGGAUUUGUGGGAGAAUUCUCUUUUACCGGUGAAAGAUUUGUUAAAGCAUUCAGGUUUGAUGUUGGAUGAUAUAUAUGCUGUGGAAUUGAUUGGAGGCGCUACAAGGGUGCCAAAAUUGCAGGCAAAACUCCAGGAAUUUCUUGGAAGGAAGGAGCUGGACAAACAUCUGGAUGCUGACGAAGCUAUUGUACUUGGUGCAGCUCUCCAUGCUGCCAACUUAAGUGAUGGAAUCAAAUUGAACCGUAAGCUUGGAAUGAUUGAUGGUUCUCCCUAUGGAUUUAUUGUUGAGUUAGAUGGCCCUGACCUAGUAAAGGAUGAGAGCACUAGGCAAGUGCUUGUACCACGCAUGAAGAAACUCCCCAGUAAGAUGUACAGAUCAGUCGUCCACAAUAAGGAUUUUGAAGUUUCACUUGCAUAUGAGAAUGAUCUUCUACCACCUGGUGUCAGCGCUCCCGUAUUUGCUCAGUUUGCUGUUUCUGGUUUGACAGAUACAAGUGAGAAGUAUUCAACUCGGAACUUGUCAUCUCCCAUUAAGGCAACAUUACAUUUCUCUCUCAGUAGAAGUGGAAUCUUGUCUUUUGAUCGGGCUGAUGCUGUUAUUGAGAUAUCGGAAUGGGUAGAUGUACCUAGGAAGAAUGUUUCGGUUGAGAAUUCAACAAUUGCUUCACCCAAUGCAACACUGGAGGAUUCUGGAAAUAGUUCAGAAGGAAAGGAUGGCACCUCAAUCCCUGAAAAUGGUGGGGUUGGUAACGCAUCCAACUCUAGUACAGAGGAACAAGGUACACCUGAGCUUGCUACUGAAAAAAAGCUGAAAAAGCGAACUUUCAGAAUUCCACUAAAGAUCGUUGAGAAGACUGUGGGGCCAGGAAUUCCUCUUUCAAAAGAAUCUUUUGCUGAAGCCAAAAGUAAAUUAGAAGCUCUGGACAAAAAGGAUGCAGAGAGAAGAAGAACUGCCGAGCUUAAAAAUAACUUGGAAGGAUAUAUAUACGCUACCAAGGAGAAGUUUGAAACCUCCAAUGAGUUGGAACAGAUUUGCACAAGUGAGGAACGUCAAGCUUUUAAUGAGAAACUUGAUGAGGUACAAGAUUGGCUAUAUAUGGACGGUGAAGAUGCUUCAGCCACAGAAUUUGAAGAACGCCUUGACAUGUUAAAAGGCUUUGGUGACCCAAUAUUCCUCAGAUUGAAAGAGUUAACUGCUAGACCUCAGGCUGUUGGAGCAGCGCGCAAAUAUCUUCUUGACCUGCAAACGAUCAUAGAAAACUGGGAGACUAGGAAACCUUGGCUUCCAAAAGAAAGAAUACAAGAGGUAAAAAGUGAAAGCAACAAGUUCACGACCUGGUUGGAUGAGAAGGAAGCUGAACAAAAGAAGAAUUCGGCAUCUAGCCCGCCAGUAUUUACAUCCGAAGAUGUUUACUCGAAGGUCUUAAACAUUCAAGACAAGGUUGCCAGCAUCGACAAGAUUCCCAAACCGAAGCCUAAGAUCGAGAAACCUCUGAACGAAUCAGAUUCGAGUAAAGAAGACACGAAAGGCUCCAAUUCGACAACCGAUGAGAGUUCACCUGAAGGCGACCAAUCAGCGAAGGACUCAGAGAAGCCAGCAAGUGAAAAUGCCGAGUCCGAGUCCGAAUCCCAAGCUGAAUCGAACGAGCAUGAUGAGUUAUGAUGGAAGGAAAACAGGUAAUUAGUACAAGUUUUGAUAUUUUCUACCUCCUAAGUUGUAGAAGUGUAGCAUCCGUGGCCCAAAACGGACAGUUGAAUUGAGAUCGUAGAGGAAGAUAGAAGAGUGCAAAGUGAGAGCAGUUGUGGUUGUGGUUGCGCAUUUGGAGAGAUGAACAGAAUAACUUCACUAAAUCAUAGCUCUACCUUUAUACGUCAAUAACUUUGCUAAUUUUAAUUAUUUUGUUUCAGAUAUCAGAAAUUUUGGUCUGAGUCAAAAUUUGUGGAUGGUUCUAAUGAUAUCAAAGAAAAAAGCUCGACCUAUGCAUUUCAUAGGGUUUUUUUUU